UCAUACGAGGCUCUGAAGGAGAAGCGAGCAUGGGACUUCGCCAUUGCUCCUGCGAAGUCGCUUCCCAUGCAGGCGUUCAUGCUCUAUAUGUCUGGUGGAGGCGUACAGAUAUUUAGCAUGGGCAUCGUGGCUAUGCUCCUGUUCUCGCCGUUUACGAACCUUGCUGGGAUUAACGCUGCGUUUGCGCCGUUCGCACCCGGGGCCCCUGCAUCGUCGCCUUCAUCAAAAUUAGACGCGAACUCCCUGACGACGCUUUCACUGCAAAAACUGGUCUAUCUCGCAUGCAAUCUCCUCACGCUCGGUCUCGGACUUUGGAAGUGCCGCUCGAUGGGCUUGCUCCCUACGGGAACUGGCGAUUGGCUAGCAUUCGAGAGUCGAGGCGUGCCGCCUGAGUUGACGCUAUUGUAA